AUGAUGAUUGACUUUGUAGAUGUUGCAUUAAACUGGGCGUUACCUGCUAUUCUUCUUGACUAAAUUUUGUUUUUUAUAAUUUACAAAAUUGCAGGAGAUCAAAUAUGCAUAGUUGAUGUAGCCUAUCCAACUAGUCAUUUGGUUGCAGGAAUAAUUUAUUGCAUAUUUUCAGAUAUACCCCUUCCUUCAAAGAUUAUUAUUACUAUUCUUUUGGUGCUAUGGUCUAUGAGGUUAGCUGGAUUCGUCUUCAUUUAUAGGGUUUUAGGAGGAUAUAAAGAUGAGCGCUUUGAGAAUAUUUUUAAUGAAUUUAACAACGAAAGAUUAAAAAAAAAUAUGAUGGUUAUGAUUCAAUUUCUUUUUCAAGGUAUAUUCAUUUUUGUGACCAGCAUUCCUUUAUAUUUCUUAUUUUAAAACAAUCUUACUUGGAAGUCAGAAAACUUUUAGGGAUUAUAGAUUAUGAAUUAUAUUGCAUUAUCAAUUAUACCUUUUAGUAUUUGUUUAGAAGCAAUUGCAGAUAUACAACUGGAACAGUUUAAAAAGUUAUAAUAACAAGAUUUAAUACCGAAAACAGAGAUUAUGGAGACAGGAUUUUGGAAAAAAAGUAGACAUCCAAAUUUAUUUUUUGAUCUGAUCACUUGGACAUGCUUUGGAUUAUCAGCAAUAUAUGAUGGAAUUAGUGUUUGUUCUUUGAUUGGCCCCAUAAUCUUAUUUUGCGCUAUGGAAUUUGUGACAGUACCUAUUACAGAGGCCCACAUGAAAAAGAAAAGAGGAGAAACCUAUGAUCAAUAUGUUUUGAGAACAAAUAAAUUUUUGAUCUUUUGA